AUGUCAGGGCAAGCGAUUUGGCCGAGCCAGACUGUCGGACAGACGAGGUGGAGUCAAGUGGGCCUGGAGCGGAGCGUGAAAUGGCACGACUGGCCAAUGCGAUUGACGAUAAUCGGCUGGCCUCGUAUUCUUUCGCCAGUUAGACACCGGCACGUCUUCUCCCCUCCGCCAGACCAGCUCGGAGUUGAGCUCUCAGUUCACCUCCUGGUUGUGUGCGUGUAG